AAAUAGUUGUAAUAUGCGUAUGACUUGCGAAUGUAAUGGUCAGUUAAUUUAAAUAAACCAGGCUUGAUGAUGACGCUGCCUAUGCGACCAGUCCGCAUUAUGGAAACGGACAGUAUCUGCUCGUUCUUUCUCUCCCUCUCUCGCGCGCGCUCACGCGGAUCCAGCGAGAAAAUGUUUUCCGUCUCGUGUACAGGAAUGUUUCGCGAUGUCCAGCUGGGAUUAGUUUACAACGCGUCUAUUCCCGCUAAAUACGCGAACUAAUGACUCAUCUGAACCGAUUACUUUUAAUAAACGAUUGAAACUAUUGAUCUGUAGCCUACUGAACUCAUGAGACGUCAGUCAAUCAGACACUCAAAGCCAGUCGUUCAAAUACAACCGGCCCUUUGAGAGCAACCGUAAUGCUGAUGUGGCCCGGGAUGAAAUUGAGUUUGACACCCCUGCUUCAGUGAAUGAACGGAAGAUGAAGAUUCGUUCAAAGCUCAAACACUGAUAAUGGAUCAUUAAACACUCAACUUCAUUGCAUUCAUCUCUAUUACCGACCAAGUCAUAUGCUCAGUUCAAAAAUGACUUGUGUAUUCGUGUACGGCACGUUGAAGAUGGGCCAGCCCAACUACUACAGGAUGCUGGAUCCCACCAACGGGGCCGCAAAGUUCCUCGCCAGAGCUCGAACAGUGGACCAAUAUCCCCUUGUGAUCGCUACAAAAAACAAUGUCCCCUUCUUGCUGAACGUCCCAGGGAAGGGUCAUCGUGUCUAUGGUGAAAUCUAUGAAGUGGAUGAUAAGAUGCUCAAGUUCUUGGACUGGUUUGAAAGUUGCCCCAAAAUGUACCAACGUACCCCUGUCAAGCUUGAAGUCAACGAGUGGGUCGGUAGAGAUGAAAAUGCGCCGAAGGUCGGAAGUCUCGUUGAGGCCUUUGUGUACAGCACAACAUCAUACCAACCCGAAUGGCUUCGAAACCCAACAUAUGAGAGCUACGAUUCGUAUGGUGACCACGGGCUAAAAUAUGUAUGUUGUGAAGACAGAUGCCCAGAUUAAAAAGUGUUGUGAUAUCAUAAUAAUUAAAUAUAAAAUAUGAGAGUAUUUAGCACAUCAAACUUCCUAAAAUGAUCCUAAGCAACUUACAGUGCAUUAAAUGCUAUACAUUUUAUAUUAGGCUAGUACAGUAUGUGAUUUUUCAGUAAGGUGGGCUCAAACCCAAAACCUUUUGCCCUGAUGCUAUCAAUGAGCUGUACAGAAGCACAGAAAUGACUUUGCGUAUACCAUUCCCAGACAGAAAACGACUCCAAAUCGGAUCCGCACCAGAGCUGCUGACUUCGGCACAGAUCCGGCCCACUCUCUAGGUGGUUUUUAUAUGGCACUGUAAAGUAUACCAUAGUAAUAAAGUACUGUAUGUAAAUGUCU